CGGCGUGCAGCACUUGAGCGCAGCAGGCUUCUUUGGUGAAUCCGGCUGCGGCUUUUGCUCCACCGUUGAGGUCACCGGUGGCCAGUCUCAAACUCAUCCUCAGACUUCUCCGUUUCGGCGGAGGCAGAAAGCUUCCAGGAAUUGAUAUCGAAGUCGUGCUUAUCACAGAGAUUGCUCGAUUUAUCGGUUUUGACGUGAAAUGUAUAGAAGCCGUGGAGGACGGAACUCCAAUUCUGGCCCUCCGGAGAUUUGUUGGAGCGAGGUCGGAAGGAUCCGGUCGACUCCAACUGUCUGGUCUCGAAAGCCAAGUGUGGAAGCUUUGGUGAGCAUACGCCAAACGUGCGUAGACUGCAGUGUGAGGUGGAUGGACCAAGAUUGUCACUGUGACACCUGUCAUGUCACGAGUGUGCGUAGAUUUGUCACAGGAUGUACUGAUUGCGAGUAAUUUGUAUUCUAAUUACUUUGAAGAAGUGGACUGCGCG